CAACGGUUCACUUGGAUGGAAAUACAAGCGGUCAUCAGUCUUCUCAAGGCCCUCCAAGUGUAUGACACGCAGCAUUUUUUAAUUUCAACCUAACAUCUACCUGUAUAAACAAUCAACAAUGAUUUUUACGAAGGACUUUAAGGAUUUUUAGUGUUGUGAUGUGAGUUAAGUGACUGUUCUGUGGUUGUGUGACCAUUCUCAGGAUACUCUUUAGUGACUAGAGGCACAAUGCCGAAAAUAUUCUUGAUUAAAAAUAGGUUGCACCAGCAACAACUAAGACUUGAGUCCCAAAAUGCUGGAGACGCGAAAACUGAUCUUGGAAUUGGUGAUUGCCAGCCGCUUUCGUUGAUAGUGCAGAAAAAAGACGAUCAUGACAGGAAGCAAGAAGAAAGGUCCAAAUCAAAAACUCCUCCCCCGGAAUCAUCAAAACCUUCUAAUAUCCCCCCUCGUCGGUUUAUCUCCUCUAUUCUCGGCGGAGAUAAGCCGUACGGAAGCCGAGGCCACGUGCUCACACGUGCCGAACGAAAGGAAUACCCAUCUCUCUUCAAACAAGAAAAAGUCACACUUCCUCCCGCGCAAAAACCGUCAGAAGAUAAACCCCGCCCUGCAAAUUUGGCCCCGAUUCGACAGUUUUCGGUGAUACAAAGAACACCCAAGUCUACGACGAAGAGAGAGGAGGACACGGAUACACGAGUACCUACGAAUUUAAUCAUCCAGGAACCUGAACAAGAACAGCCUAUUGAUUAUCACAUACCUAAACGGAGGGGGGAGACGGAAAAUGAAGAAGAGGAAAGGAGAAUUAGGGAGCAAAGGAGAAGUCAUUGUUCGAAAGUCAGCAAACCUUUGAUUUCUGUACGAUCGCUUGUCGGUAAACUUCCCGUUACGUUAUCGGCUGCUGCGGGUCAUGGAAGAGGAGCCUCUGGGAACCAGUCCUCGGGAAACCAAUCCACUAAUUCUUCGUCGGGUGGCGGUAGUAUAAACUUCACCAGUGCUUCGUCUGGAGGCGGCGGAGGAGGAGCUAUGGGAAGCGGCACGGGCGGCGGAGGUAUGAAUCCUGGAAGGGAUGGAAGACAAAACUACGGUCCCAGUAGUCCGCCUACUGGAAGUUUACCUCCAUUCUACGAAUCUUUAAAAGGCGGUAAUAACAACAACAGUUUCAACGCAAACGGAAACUUUUCUUCAAAUUACAUCCUUUCGAAUCAACAAAACAUGGACUGCGAUACAGGACAAGACCUAGGAAAUUUGACGAUCAAUGGAAACCAAAGUCCUCCGAAACAAUAUUCAACGCUUCAAAAUGCUUCUUAUGGAAUAGUAAUGAAAGACGAAAGUGACAUAGACAUAUACGAAACGAAGAUGGAUCCGAUGAAUCAACUUCUGCCCAGUGGAUAUUCUAGUUAUGAUGAUUCAAUGAUGGUUGACUUAGUAACAGGAACCGUUGUAGAUCCUCUGCAGUUUACUGCGACCUUAACAUUCUCCAGUUCGGCAGAAAACGCCUUAUUAGAAAACUUUCCUGACGCCACUGAUUUAUCAAGUUUCCUCCAGCGACUCCCAAGUGAAGAAAACGACAGCGAAGAUGUUGGACCUGGAAGUAUGCAUUCUCCUUCGAUGACUCCCGAUUCCCAGUUACAUCCAGUCGAUCAAAAUAUUGAUUCCUUUAGUGAACAAAUGUUAAACAGAAACUAUGAAAACCGGGGAGGCUUUUCGCACAAUCACUUCUCCAAAAUCUACCAAGACCCUUUGCCUCCCUACCAAUCUCCCCUGCACGAAAAUUCUCUCCAACUCCACCAACAGCAAAUGCUUUCACCUACUCUUUCGUUCAACGGCAGCGGCUUGGAUCUGGAUUCACCGACAACGAUGAGCCUGCCCUCGCCUGGAGCGGCGAGUUGUUCUCUGGAUGGACCUCAUGGAGAAGGAAGCCCGAUCAGUCCACCAUCUAACGUGAGUCGGAGAAGGGAUAGCACUAGCAGCGAUACCCCCUCCAUAGGAGGAAGGGUUAAUGUGUUGCAUAGGUUGGGAUUGCCAGCAGAAGUACAGCUGGAAUUCGUAAAUGGAGGACACGGUAUCAAGAACCCAUUAGCCAACCAAGACACUGUACGGACGACGACCAGAACUGAUGAUAAAACCAAAGUAGCAUCCAUAACAACCGAAGACGGUCAAACCAACUUCGCAUGUAGGAUAUGCAACAAGACUUUCGGUCUACAACGUUUGUUGAAUAGACAUAUGAAGUGUCACUCGGACGUGAAGAGAUACUUGUGCACGUUUUGUGGAAAAGGAUUCAAUGACACUUUCGACUUAAAACGACACACGAGAACACAUACAGGUGUUCGACCGUACAAAUGCAGCCUCUGCGAAAAAUCUUUCACGCAGCGCUGUUCCUUAGAAUCCCACUGUCUGAAGGUGCACGGAGUACAGCAUCAGUACGCUUACAAGGAGCGACGUACAAAAGUAUACGUCUGCGAAGAGUGUGGCCACACGACGAACGAACCAGAAGUUCACUACCUUCAUCUGAAAGAAAAACACCCCUACAGUCCUGCAUUGCUCAAAUUUUAUGAUAAGAGGCACUUCAAAUUCACAAACUCAAAUUUUGCAAACAUGUUGUUGCAAGUUCGUACCUAGUAAGACUUCAAUAGACGGUGGUGUGCAGGCCUAUAAAAGCAAUAGUAGAUUUAAAGUAGUACCAGCUAUCUGAUGUCUGGUUGCACCAAACAAAUCUUAAGCUCCAGCUUAGCCCAUCUCAGCUUAUAGAUAGGGCCGCUUUAAGUCUCACUUACGUUGUACCAUAAUUUUUGAUUCUUUAAGAUGCAAUCCAUGUCGCAAUCCAUUGUAAGUAACCCUUACCAUUGUGGUAAGCUGAAAAUUGAUCUAUAGUCCAGGGCGGAUCUGUUUUGAGAUGGACGUUGAGAGGUGACUCUAAUUUUUUUAUAGAAAUUGCUUUGAAUUAAGCCAUAUAAUAAUAAUUGAGUUAUACUCCCACUCAAAAAAAAGGUCCGGAACAUUGUUUAAAUAAUCAAAAUGUCAAAAAAUAAAGGAAAAAUUCGAUUUUUUUCUUCGUUUUUUGAUUAUAACUUUAAAAGUAUUCACGUUCGAGAAAAGUUGCACUAAAAUAAAAGUUGCGUAAUUAAAUUUCCUACAUUAUAAGAUUGGUUAAAAAAUUUAAAA